AUGAAGCUCCCAUUCGUGCUUUUCACAGCUCUAUUUGCCAAUAGCGCUCUCGCUGCGGCACUUCCCACAGAUCAUGUCGACGCCGACAAGGCGAUCCUGCUUCUCGCCGAUGGAACUACCAAAACCAUUGAGAAAACGGAUCUGGCCUCUCACCUCGACGGCAUCUUGCUCGAGGCUCCCACCGACAACAUCCCGCGGUCCCUCAAUUCGACCAACUUCAACGGCCUGCAGAAGCGCGGAGGCCCUCAAAUCAUCAUCCCCCUUCCCGAUCAGGAGUUCCUCGGUUGGGACAUUCCCAUGUCCACCAUUGUCCACGCCAACCAAGCCGACGCAACCGUGGCCAUGGCAGCAGGCCAAAUGAUAGCCAACAGCAUCUCGGUCGGUGCUUCCUUCACUGCGACCGUCGAGAAAUUCCUCCAAAUCGGAGUGACCACAAAUUACCAGUACACCAAAACUAGCACCCUCACCGGCACGGUGACCAUGACCAUCCCGAAGAACAAAUGGGGGGCCAUAGUGAGCAAUCCCUUGACGCACCGGAAAAGAGGUUAUGUUUUCACUGGCUCGCCUGGCAGCGGACAAUUUGAGUACUACCAGGCGGAUUCUUUUACCGACGAGACUUAUACCUAUAAUGCCGCAACGCUGAACUGGGUGAAGGGCGUGGUGACGACGUGUCUGAGAGAUACUUACCCUGUCAAGCGCUGCGUUGGACAGGGUGAGCUCAAAUAA